AUGAGCAAUAAUAGCUUUAAUGCAUCCGAAGCUCCACUAUGGUUCUCACGCCUACCGUCUUUGACGACAUUGAUAAUGGACAACACCGGACUUCAAGGACAAAUUCCGGUCGACAUCUUCGGACUUCCUCAGUUGGAGACUCUGGUUCUCAGAAAUAACAACUUGACUGGAAUUUUGAAUAUUGGCAACACCUAUGGCAGUAACUUGUCCGUCGAUCUAAAUAAUAAUUCCAUCACUGGCUUUCAGCAGGCAACGGAUUACCGCUUGAACCUAACACUCGUAGGCAACCCAGUCUGUAACAGAAACGAGCCACCUGCACGGUUUUGUUCCGUGGCCACACGUGGCAAUGAUCUUUCACCAUCAAACAAUUGCGGGGCCAUGUCGUGUGGAGCAAACGAAGUGCUGAGUCCUAGCUGUCUUUGUUUGCAUCCAUACACCGGGACCCUCCACUUCUUCUCAUUUGGCUUCACAGACUUGCAAAACUCGACUUACUUCAACAUCCUCCGUGGGACACUCAUGUCCGCUUUUCUCUCCAAUGGGCUCCCAGUCGACUCGGUCAACUUUACUAAUCCGACAAUAAGCGCCUUUUCUUACAUGGAGGUACCGCUGCACAUAUUCCCUUCCGGACGGGACCCCUUCAACCGGAGUUCGGUGUCUAAUAUAGGUUCCUUGCUCAACCGCCAGCUGGCCCCACUUUUCCCGGUCCGUUAUUUCGGGCCUUUUUAUUUCGUUGAUGAAGAAUAUUGCUGCUUUGAAGGGUCGAGAGGGUCGUCGAAUGUUGGUCUCAUAGUUGGUGUGACAAUAGGUGUCUCAGUUGUCGUGAUCCUUAUUAUCCUGGCCGGGAUUUAUGCUAUUCGUCAGAGGAAACUUGCAAAAAGAGCUAUUGAGAGGAGCAACCCUUUUGCAUCAUGGGACCCGGAAAAGGAAACUGGUGCAGUUCCCCAGCUUCAGGGAGCAAAAUGGUUCUCCUUUGAGGAUCUCCGCAAAUGUACUGAUUAUUUUUCCGAAUCGAAUUGCAUUGGUCAUGGAGGAUAUGGGAAGGUUUACAAGGGGACACUUGCCCCUGGACAAGUGGUAGCCAUAAAGCGAGCCCAGCAGGGGUCGAUGCAGGGCGCAAAUGAGUUCAAAACCGAAAUCGAGCUCUUGUCCAGGAUCCACCACAAAAACGUAGUCAGCCUCGUUGGGUUCUGUUAUGAACAUGGAGAGCAAAUGCUGGUGUAUGAGUACAUAUCUAACGGCACACUCAGAGAAUGCCUUUCAGGCAAGUCGGGAUCCCGUUUGGACUGGAACAAGAGGCUGAAAGUAGCCCUUGAUGCCGCCAGAGGCUUGUCGUAUUUGCACGAGCUAUCAGACCCUCCCAUAAUACACAGGGAUGUCAAGUCAACUAACAUCUUAUUAGACACUAAUUUCACUGCUAAAGUCGCUGAUUUUGGCCUCUCUAAGCUCUUGGGUGACACUGGCAAGGGCUACAUCACCACACAAGUCAAAGGGACAUUGGGCUACAUGGAUCCGGAAUAUUAUAUGACCAAUCAGUUGACUGAGAAAAGUGAUGUGUACAGCUUUGGGGUAGUGUUAUUAGAACUUGUGACCGGUCAAGCCCCAAUACAGCGCGGGAAACACAUCGUGAGAUUAGUUCAAGAGGCAAUGGGAGGCCCAAACCUCGAUGAUAUUAUCGAUCCAGUGUUGGGGUCGGGCCUCAAACUAUCCGGGUUGCGGAGAUUCCUGGAGCUGGCAAUGAGCUGUGUCAAGGAAAGUGGGACAAACAGGCCCACUAUGGGGGAGGUCGUCAGGGAGAUUGAGAACAUAAUCGACGAGAAAGGGAAUAAAGGGCUUUCUUCAUAUAGCUUCGAUGAUGAUGAUGAUGAUGAUGAUGAUGAUGAUGAUGAUGAUGAUGAUGAUGAUGAGACAAGCAACGAAGAGAGGGCCCUUCAUUCUUACGCAGCCUAG